AUGGCUAAACUUUCUAAGUGGAUGAAGAAUAAUCUCAAUAUCGGUAUUAGAGGUAGUUUAGACGAAACAAUUAAGGCGUUACUGUUAUUGGGUCCUCCCAUAAAAAAGACAAAUGUCACAAGUGAACAAAAAAUAAAUGCGUUGCAGUCAUCCUUGAAAGAUAUAUUGAAAAAUGAUAAAGUACUGCGAGAAGAAUACAAGCCAUUAAAUUCAUGGCUUAAUGGUGAUGAGAUUAAGAAAAUAAACGAGAAGAAUUUAAUUACCGAAAAUCAAUUCUAUUAUAAUUUUAAAAAAGCAAUAUUUUUUUCUAGUAUUAUACAACAAGCGAUUAGUGGCCUUUCAGAUCAUAAAUUUAAGAAAAAGAUGCAAGCAAGUAGAAAUGUGGUAGAUGUUCAGGAAAUAAAAAAGAAUGAAACUCUGAAUGUGGAAGAUCCAGAGAAACAGGAAAUAGGUCUGAAAAUAGAAAAGAGAAGAGAUCUGGAGCUAGAUCAGGAAAAAGUUUCUGAAAAAGAAAAAUGCCAUCAGCCACAAAUUCCACAGAGAUUUUCAUUUUCAGAAUCAGAACAAGGUGCGUACGUAGAGCCGAUACUUGGAUAUGUUGAGAAAGCGCUUAGUAAAUACAUCAAGAAACACGAAAAGUAUAUACCUUCUGAAACUAUAGAAAAGUUUAUGAAGACAUGCUACCAUCGGCAUCUGAACUAUCCUUCGAAAAUUGACUUGGGAGGUCUCCUAACAUUUUUAACAUCAAACAUUAGCUUGUUUAAAAAUGGUAAAUCCGGCCAACCAUUAUUUCAUGGUCGAUACAGAUUAAAUCCAUCCGAACUAUUUAAAUCUUUCAAAAUUGAAGCAAGGGAUCAGAACGCACAUGCAAUCACCCAAAAAUACGGAAGAUGGAAUGAUGAAACGUUACAACGGAUAUCAACUCUAUCCUUGGAGGUGGUAAUAUGCCUAGGUGUUCAAGAUGUCCAAGAUGAAUACAAAAAGUUGUUGGAAAUAAGAAAACAAUUUGAUUCUGAACUUACAAAGAGAUUGGUCUCAACAGCGAAAGAAAAAAGUGUGUUAAUAGAUUCGAAACUUGACGAAUUGACGGAUUUUACUUUAGACAUAAUGAAUCAAUUAGAAUCUUCGGAAAAGGAGUUAAAGCGAAUUGUGCAAAUGGCAAUUUCCAAAGACGAAUUAUAUCUAAAUGUAUUGAGAAGCAUCAAUGCAAAGCAAGACGAAGAUACUAGAAUAGAAAAAUUCACUAAAAUAAUGAACAUAUUAUUCGAAAUGAAACUUAAACAAAAAAGGAUGAAAGCUGAUGAUAAUAGCAAAUCUAAUGAAAGGAAAAAAGUUGAAGUUGAAGUACUAAAUAAAUCAGUUGAGUAA